AUAAAUACCAAUUCAUGGCAAUCAGGAGACCUGUGGUGUUUCAUAGCCUUUAGAUUAACUCGAUCAAUCACCUCAAUCCCCGCCCCCCUUUGCGCCUGCGCAGAGCAGCUUAGGGAGCUGUCCGUGUCAGUCGGUGCUGGAGUGUUUUCAUUGAAGCUGCUUCUCCUCCCCGGUCCACCGAAACAGACGGGAGCGAUGGAGGAAGAGUUAAAAUGCCCCGUUUGCGGUUCUCUCUUCAAGGACCCCAUCCUGCUGCCGUGCUCCCACAAUGUCUGCCUGGCCUGUGCUCGGAACAUCACCGUGCAGACCCCGGAGGGAGAGACCCCGCUGCAGAGCCGAGCCUCUGGCAGCUCUGACUACGACUACCUGGACAUGGACAAGAUGAGUCUGUACAGCGAGACGGACAGCGGAUACGGAUCCUACACGCCGUGCCAGCUCAAGUCUCCAAACGGGGUGCGGGUGUUUCCACCGGCCAACCACCACCGACACUGCUCCCUCACCUGCCCGCUGUGCCACCGGAGCGUCUCCCUGGAUGAGCGGGGGCUCCGAGGUUUCCCUCGGAACCGGCUGCUGGAGGCCAUAGUGUCGCGGUACCAGCAGAACCGCCGCUCCUCCGCCUCCUCUUCCUCUUCCUCUUCCUCUUCUACCGCGGUGAAGUGCCAGCUGUGCGACCGCAACCCGGUGGACGCGACGGUGAUGUGCGAGCAGUGCGACGUCUACUACUGUAACGCCUGCCAGCAGCGAUGCCACCCGUCCCGCGGUCCGCUCGCCAAGCACCGCCUGGUUCCGCCGCCGAACCGGGCGGCAGGAGGAGGUGCGGCAGGCGUCGGUCAGCUGCCGCCCGCUACCGCGCGGAAACCGGCGACCUGCGUGGAUCACGAAGUGGAAAACUUCAACAUGUACUGCUACAGCUGCAAGACUCCCGUGUGUAUGAAAUGUUUGGAGGAGGGAAAACAUGCCAAACACGACGUCAAACCGCUGGCUGUGAUGUGGAAACAACACAAGUGCCAGAUCUCCCAGGCCCUGAACGGUGUCUCUGACAAAGCUAAAGAUGCCAAGGAGUUCCUGGUUCAGCUCAGGAACAUGCUUCAGCAGAUACAGGAGAACGGCGUGGAGUUCGAAGCUUGCCUCGUGGCCCAGUGUGACUCUCUGAUCGAGGCGCUCACCCGACAGAAAGCCAAACUGCUCACCAAAGUCACCAAGGAGAAGGAUUACAAGCUAAAGGUGGUGCGUGACCAGAUCACCCACUGCACCAUGAAGCUACGUCAGACCACCGGCAUGAUGGAGUUCUGCCUGGAAGUCCUCAAAGAGAACGAUCCCAGUGGAUUCCUCCAGAUUUCAGAUGCUCUCAUCAAGCGGGUCACAUCGUCUCAGGAUCAGUGGGUGAAAGGGGCCCUGGAGCCGAAAGUCGGGCCCGAGUUUGACCUCACCCUCAGCUCCGACUCGCUGCUGCAGACCAUCCUGCAGCUGGACUUCUGCCAGGGCAAAGAUGUGCAGGAGAAUCCGUUAUUUAUACAAAUGCAGGCAGCAGACAGUGGUGAGGCUGAGAUGGAGACAGAGAGCCCAGGAGUGGAGUCCGGGCCCUCGGUGCCGGUGGCUCCUCUCCUGCAGCUGGAGAAGUGCUGCACCAGGAACAACAGCGCCACCCUGGCCUGGAGGGUAACUGCGCCCCCCGUCAGCCCCAUCGAGGGCUACAUCCUGGAGCUGGACGACGGCAACGGAGGACAGUACAGGGAGGUGUAUGUGGGGAAGGAGACGGUGUGCACGGUGGACGGCCUCCAUUUUAACAGCUCCUACAACGCCAGGGUGAAAGCCUAUAAUGUCAUCGGCGUGGGGCCGUACAGCAAGACGGUGGUGCUCAAGACCUCUGACGGCGAAUGUGGCGUCCUGACCGACUGUUGUUUCCCUCCGACAGUGGCGUGGUUCACCUUCGACCCCAGCACGGCUCACCGGGACAUCGUGUUGACCAAUGAAAACCUGACCGUCAGCUGCAGCAGCUACGACGACCGCGUGGUGCUGGGAACCGCGGCUUUCUCCAAAGGCAUCCACUACUGGGAGGUCCGCAUCGAUCGCUAUGACAACCACCCGGACCCUGCGUUUGGCGUGGCGAGGAUCAACACCAUGAAAGACAUGAUGCUGGGGAAAGAUGACAAGGCGUGGGCCAUGUAUGUGGACAACAACCGCUCCUGGUUCAUGCACAACAACUCACACACCAACAGGGCGGAGGGAGGCAUCACUAAGGGCUCGACUGUGGGAGUCCUGCUGGACCUGAACAAACACACGCUGACGUUCUACAUCAACAAGGUGCAGCAUGGACCCACUGCCUUUGAGAACCUGGAAGGGGUCUUUGUACCCGCCGUCAGCCUCAACAGAAACGUGCAGGCGACCUUACUGACGGGCCUGGAUCUGCCAAAGAAUGCCAAACAGUAGGAGACCCCCCCCCCCCCCCCCCUGCCCGCCCACCUCCUCCCAUCCUUCUCAAGGUGCCCUUUGUCUUGGAUACACUUCAAUGAAAGACCCUGCUCUAUAUUUUGGGAUGAAGGAAUACAAUCUGGGUUAUUAUUGGCCGUGAAUACAACGAUUGAAGCUUUUGGACGUCACUACAGAGAUGACUGGAGUUACUGUGGACCGCCAUACUUCUUUCACAUCCCCGUGCCCCGUGAGCUCCAGGAUACUAACAUCUUUUAUGUUUUCAUGUAUUAUUCCAGUUUGUACAUUACAGCAAUUUAAACAAGAGGGAAAAUACAGCCUGAAAUGUUUUCCUCGAGGCCUGAGACAAAACUAAUCGCUGAGGAUUCCCGCGCCGUGCAGUCGCUAUUUAUUGUUUAGCUUUUUAGGGAUUUCGAUUUAAGACACCGCCAGGAAAUAACAUCACAAGCAGUUUUAAAAGUCCACGAGAGCAAGGUGAGAGAGGAUUCAUCAGUGCUUAUUGUUGCUCUGCUUCUCUCUCAGGUGUCUUUGCAGCUCACAAGGUGAAACUAGACGAAGAGAGUGUUUUGUAGUAGUGGCAUCGUGGGACGUUUCACUCGUGAAAUAUUUAAAAGCUACACUUUCAAUGAACAUUUUUGUCCCCGUCGUGACUCCAAAAGCACUGCUGUGUCUGGUUUUCCUUCUUCUCCAUCGCAUUCAAAGUGGCGCAAAAGAUUGUUUGGUGCUGUUAGUCGAAAAGGGUUACACACCGAGGUGAAAAGCUACGAAGGAUUGGGCUCCGUUCCAUUUCAUUUUUCGGUAACGUGACACAUCUACAAAGCGUGGGAGCGACCACCCAGCAGGGUCAGCGGUUAAUCCAUUCUCGUGCAUCUUUUGGCAGUCAGCGGGGUCUCGGUGAGGAUCGGAUGUGUAGUUUUAAAGUGGCUUGUCAUCGUCUUUCUAAGAAGGGAGUCGUUUAGUUCCUGGUAGACUGUGAUUUACCACUCGCAGUAGGAUAAGACUCAGCAGAGAGGAGGGGAGCAGCAGUCCCGUGCUUCAUUUUGCCACCUUAAGGAAUCAUUUGUUUAGCUGGUUUGUGGAUUUUGUUACCUUUGGACAGAGCACUCCACUCUUUAUGCUAAGCUAAGCUAAGCUAAGCUAGCCGGCUGCUGGCUGUAGCUUCAUCUUUUUGCUCCAGGCAUGAGGGGUAUCGAUCUUCUUGUCUAACUCUCGGCAAGAAAGCAAAUAAGUUUUUACUAAUUCUUUGAAUUCAUAGAAACAACAGAUUGCUACAUUUCGUUUCACUUUGGAUUAUUAACUUCAAUUUGUGCUAGCAUGUGUAAAAGGUACACAGACAGUUUGACACAUUUGCAUAAAAAGCAAGUGAGUUUAAAUGAUAAUCGACGCCAUUUCAAUUUUAAUCUCUAAUGUUCCUUUAGUCUGCAUGUUGACAUAUUUUCUAUCAACAAUAAGGAAACUAAAUUUAACCUUUUACGGGUGAUUGAAAUUAGUUUCUGCAGAAAUUGAGAUGUUUACCACUUAACAUCCACUUUUACCCUUUUAAAUCCUCUUUUGCACACUGACAGACAGCAUCCUUAUAUUUUACUUUAGGAUCUCCACUAGAAUUUAGAAUGAAGUUCUGUGAAUAAUAUUUGGCUGCACAGCAUAAUCUUGUGAUGACUAAACCGGCACGUUAGUGAGAUUAGAGUUUUAAAUAUGCCUGCAGCAUUUAAUAAAACGUGGUGGGGGCUUGUGUUAAUUUGGGUUGCCAAGUUGUGUGCAAACAGCUUGUACCUUGUCUUGUUGAAUUAUUUAAAAUGAGGGAAAAGGUUGAUUAAUUUCCUUCCUUGAUGUUUUCCCUGCAGCCGCUCCCAGGCUCUGGAUCCUCCGUCUCAUGAGGAAAUGUUUCCACCUUCUGGGAUGUCAAUGUCAGAAAAUGCUGAAAUGAAAUGGAACUGAGCCAAACCCUCCCUUUCUUUUCUUUUUUUGGUUUCUUUUCACAAAACCAACAUCUUCUAUAAAACAUCCAAAAAAGUAGAUUAGAGAAGUGCGGUUGUCUCAUGGUAAUUUCGCUCAUCUCUCAGUCUCUCUGUAGAAUCUCUUAAUGUGUCCCGCUGAAGAGGAAUCUUGAAAAGACACAUCAGGUAAAGCUGCGUUCGCUGCUACGUUUCUCACCAAGGAUUGGAUGCAGCCGCCUGUUAGAGGAGAGUAGUAACCAAACCACUGUGACUACGGAUAUAACAUGUUGUUUCACCAUCCAUUACCCGUGUAUAUAAUUCAUACGCAAUGCAGCAGAGGGUGGAGAAGUUUGCUUUCAAAUGAAUUACUUUAAUCUUUAUUACAAUAUCUGAAAUAUUUAUAUCCCCUAUAAUGUCGUGAGAGUUAUUACACACAGUGGGUUUACGUGUGAAUGGACAUCCUCGGAACAAAUGUAAAUACCGAUAUGUGAGUUAUGAUUAUGACGUGUGAUAUUAAGCAUGGAUUAAGCGUCGAACAAGUUUACAAAAUAUCUGAGGCUGCAUUGUAAAUAGUGUAUUUCUGUGUUUGCAAUGAGUGACGUUAAAGCCAACUGCUACGACAGCUCGCCCUCUGCUGGUGGACGGUGGCAGCAGCAGGAUUAAUCCUGAUGUUUCAUAUCAACCGACUGUGUUUUCAUACCUUUAAUCUGACUUUUAAAGUGUCAGAUCUCUUACUCUCACUCAUCAACUAUCUCAUGAUAUUCAAAACAUCCAAUCAGGGACAGAGAAUUGCAGUCAUUUACAUUUUUACAAGUUUUUAUAUCAAGUCUUUAUGAUUGCAGGCAGCAUGUAAUUUACCACGUCCGUAUUCUUUUACAUUCUCAGCUCAACACAAACUUUACAUACGCCAGGUGACCGAACUCAAAUACAAAAAGUUAAAGUAUAAAAGUAUUUCUUACUGGAGCUAGUGAGGUCUAUUUUCAAUACAACAGCAGGGACAUAACAUUUUUUUUAAAGAAUCUAUUUAUUAAUUGUAGAACAUUAGAGUAGUAUAAGGUGAUAUCUUUCAAUAUUUACUUCCCUUAGGUAUUAAGAAAUAUUACUAUAGAAUAAGGAUCUUUUUCUUAUUUAUGACUCAAAGCUGUUACUUUUGUUAAAUUCACAAUAUUUAAAUUCCAGAACAGCAAACUUCAGGUUUAUUACUCUCCGAUUUAAGUCUGUGAAUAAGUUAACUGGCUUUUUGCACCUGAUGAUGCAUCCAAAUUACGUGGGAAAGAUUGUUUUACAUCUUUAUUUUUAUAAUGACAAUAUGUAAAUUCAAAAGAGUCGCUCGUAGUGAUGAACCCAGAGAAUAUCCACCGACUCCCCUCACCUCUACGCAGCAUUUUACUGUCUUUAAGCUCAUUGUUUUUGCUUUUCUGGCCUUUAACUUAACUGCUUUGAUUCACUGAUGGUCUCAUAGCUGCGGUUUCAGCUGCAGCACGCGAAACAAACACCGUACACUACUUGUCCAGCACUAAACAUACAGAAAUUCACAUUAAGCGAAUAUCUGGUGAACAUAUUUAACAACUGAACUGGAUAUUUCCGUCGAGAGUGUCUCUGCUGGAUGUCUAAAGUUCAUCGUAUUAACUUUAAAAGUGACAUCAGCGUUGCCGCAGCUUGUUUCUGCUGCCCCCAAGUGGCCAGAAAAAGCAUCUAUUGCAGGUUUAAUUAAGCAUUUUAUUGCUAACAAUAAAUCCAGGCAAUAAAAAUCUUUUUUUUUUUUUAAAUAUUAAUUGCCAUGCUGUAUAUGGUCUACCGGCUGAAGCUAGCGCCGACAUUCCCCAUCUCUCCCACAUGACAUGAAUGCAGCAUUAGUGUCAAAGUCAGGACUUGAACCAGUUUCUCGCAGCUCAGAACAUCUAACCAUCUGCCAAAGGGGAAUUCUUCCUGACGUGCCCCAGACCACCAGCACACGCGGUUUACAUUUGCAUCACAUGAGGCUGCUCGGCUCCGCUCAGCCUCCCCCUCUGACCGUUCUCCCACGUCAGAACAGAAACCUGCCCCCGAGCUCGACUUUGCCAGGACCAGGAAUAGAUUAUAAGCCCACGAGCAAAGUGAGACAUCUAUCAGAUAACCAAAGGUGAACCUUUUCCUUCGUCUGACGGACCGGAUGAUGGAAUUAUGACUGGAGGGAAUAAAAGCUGAUACUAAAGGUGUGAGGUGGAGCGUCAGACAGUUUCAGGUCAAAUGAGGUUUCACCUUUUCUGAGAUGAAUAUAUCAAAACAAAACUUCAUGUGACAGAUACAGACGGAAUUCCCAUAUUUAAAGUCACACUGUAGUCACUCCUGUCUAGAUAUGGUAUCGUAAGAGUGCUGCAUGUCCCUUCACCCCACAUUUACCCACCCAUGAAUGUGAGAGUUCAUUUAACUUCAAGACACGAUGCUGGGGAGGAAAGUCACCGCUGUUAGCUAUUUAACUUAAAGAAUGGCAUAUUUAUUUACUCUAUAAAGUAUGUAUAUAUGUUUAUUUUCUUUUGUAUAUUGCCCUCUUCAAUUCGUUCAGUAUAAAAGUUGAAUGGCUACUGAUUAUAUAUAUAUAUAUAUACUGUCUAUGGUUGCUUGCCAAGGGUCGGCUACAAAAUCUCAACAACAAGCAGAUUUGCUUACAGCUUGAAACAAUGUGCUGCAGAUAAGCUUCAUAUUUCCUCAUGCUCUCUUUCUUUUUUCUGAAAUGUAUAAAUAACACAAAAGCUGCUUCAAGAAAAAGGUGUGAGAAUUUGUGACCUCACCCAGCCGCACACUGCCAGAUCACACCUCUUGUCUCGCCAUCAUCAUCUCUUAAACUCCAACUUGUUCAUGUUUUCCCUUUGACAAAAGGAAAAGAACUGGUUCUCUGUAACGAUCUGUAACGUUUACACCGGCAGCAGUCGAGAAGUCGUGUACAUAAGGGUUUAUAAAAAGGGAGAUAAAGUACUUUCUCAUGGUCUGUUCAGAGAGUGUGUGUGCGUGUGUGUGUUUCUUCAUGAAAAUGUCUGCUUGUGUGUGAAUCGUUUAGUUUUUUUAUUCCCCCCCCCAUCUGUUAUGAUCCCCCCUCCCUUCUUGCCAAUGUAAAUGUUUUGUACGACUACAUGGUUUGUACAUGAGAAAUGCAUUGUAACUGCAUCAUUUAAAAACCUUUGUAGUGUAAAACAAGAGAAACUGAAAUGUCUUCUUUUUUUUUUUU